GUACUUCACUCUGGAAGGAUGACACGCAGAUUGAUUGAUACUCUGGUAAUUUAAUUUGAUCGACCCCCAUUGGACAGAUAGAUUCGUCGAGAUUCAACUGUCAACAUAUAGACAGGUUUCUAUGAUGAAGAUAGAUAGACGUAUAAAUAAUCAGAGGAAGAUUGAUUGCUAGGGGCCCAGCACAUAGGUAAAGAUGCAGGAACGGAGCUUAGCCGCGCUCUCUGCGGACACCGGCCGGCGGCCCGUCGAGCUCAUCUGGGUCGCCAUAGCCACCGUUGCGAUCCUUGCGUUCAUCUUCGAGGGGAGGAGGAGGUAUCACCUGUCAGUGCGUUCGUCUUCGAGGGGAGGAAGAGGUAUCACUUGUCAGCGGGUGGUGUUCGCAGAGCUCGAGGGAGGCUCUUCGUCUUCUCAAGUGUGGUCAGAAGUGAAUCAGUCGACUACUUCGCACCCCGCGAUGGAGCCUCCGAAGACGGCACGCCGGGACCAGCUGUUGGCGAUACAGGCCGAGGCACAAGCUGUAUGGGAUCGUCAGAAGCUGUUUGAAGUGGAUGCCCCCCUUGGAGACGUUGAUGGAGGAGAGUGUUUGCCCCCGAGGUUCUAUGGGAAUUUCCCGUACCCGUACAUGAACGGUCUGUUGCACCUUGGCCAUGCCUUUACCGUUUCCAAGGUUGAAUUUGCAACGGCUUAUCAUCGCUUGUGCGGAAAGAAGGCCCUUUUCCCAUUUGCAUUCCAUUGCACGGGCAUGCCAAUCAAGGCCUGUGCAGACAAAUUGGCGCGAGAGAUCAAAGAAUUCGGGAACCCUCCGGUUUUUCGACAGGAGGAGGACAAACAAAGCGAGAACGUAACGCCGGAGACAGUAAAUGGGCACGUGCCUGCAGAUGCCAAGAAGGAAAAGGGGGAGGACAGGCUUGAUACAGCCAAGUUCAGAACGAAGAAGUCCAAAGCUGCUGCAAAGACUGGGAGUGCGAAGUACCAGUGGAACAUCAUGGAGACGCUAGGACUGAAGGCUGAAGAUAUUGCCAAAUUCCAAGAUCCAUACCACUGGCUGACAUUCUUUCCGCCCCUGGCGAAGGACGACUUGAGAGCAUUUGGGACGGGAGCUGAUUGGCGUCGUUCCUUCAUAACAACAAAUAUGAAUCCAUACUACGAUUCAUUCGUGCGUUGGCACCUCUCUACCUUGAAGGCAAAGGGAAAGGUGGUGAAGGAUAAGCGGUAUGCAAUAUAUUCUCCCAAGGAUGGACAGCCAUGUGCAGACCACGACCGUGCUUCUGGGGAAGGCGUGCAACCCCAGGAAUACACUUUGAUCAAGAUGAAGGUUAAUCCUCCAUUCACAGGGAAACUUGCGGCUUUGGAAGGGAAGAAUGUGUACCUUGCAGCUGCUACACUCCGUCCAGAAACGAUGUAUGGGCAAACAAAUGCCUGGGUGCUUCCUGAUGGAGAUUAUGGUGCGUUUGAGAUUAAUGAUGAUGAUGUAUUUGUCAUCACGAAGCGCGCGGCGAUGAAUCUUGCUUUCCAAGGCGGAUCCAAGGUACCUGGGAAGCCCAAUUGUCUGCUGGAGCUGAAAGGGAAAGACCUUAUUGGCGUUGCACUGUCUUCACCGCUAUCGGUCAAUCCUGUAAUAUAUGCUCUUCCGAUGCUCACGAUCUUGACUGACAAAGGUACUGGGAUUGUGACCAGUGUGCCAAGUGAUGCGCCAGACGAUUAUGCAGCUCUGAUGGAUCUGAAGAACAAGCCAGCUCUACGGGAGAAGCUUGGUGUCGAGGACAAGUGGGUUCUACCCUUUGAGGUGGUGCCCAUCAUCAACAUUCCGGAGUUUGGGGACAUGUCUGCUGUGAAGGUUUGCCAGGACUUGAAGAUCAAGAGCCAGAACGACAAGGACAAACUGGCAGAGGCCAAGCGCCUGACCUACCUGAAGGGUUUCUUGGAGGGUACGAUGCUGGUUGGUGAGCACAAGGGCACGAAGGUUCAGGAUGCAAAACCACUUCUUCGAAAGAUGUUGGUUGCCAACGGACAGGCUGUUAUGUACAGUGAACCAGAAAAACAGGUUAUUUCGCGCUCCGAUGAUGAAUGCGUGGUUGCUCUCACAGAUCAGUGGUACUUGACGUACGGCGAGUCCGAGUGGAAAGCAUUGACUGAGAAGUGCCUGGCAAAGAUGAAUCUGUACCAUGAAGAAACAAGGAACAUGUUUGGGCACACAAUGAGCUGGCUGAACCAGUGGGCAUGCUCGAGGUCAUUUGGCCUUGGGACACAGCUUCCCUGGGACGAAGAGUUUUUGAUUGAGUCUCUGUCGGACUCUACCAUCUACAUGGCCUACUAUGCGGUUGCCCAUAUUCUCCAGGGCGGCGACAUGUACGGGAAACCAGAUGAGCGUCCGGUGAAGCCUGAGCAGUUGACCCAUGAAGUUUGGGACUACAUAUUUUUGGGUGGAAAGGUUCCGCAGACAGACAUUGAUAGUGAGUUGCUGAAGAGGAUGAAGCGGGAAUUCGAGUAUUGGUAUCCAUUUGAUCUACGAGUGUCUGGAAAGGACCUUGUGCAGAACCACCUGACUUUCUGUGCGUACAACCACACAGCUAUGUUUGGUGAGGACAAAUGGCCCAGAGCGUUCCGCUGCAAUGGCCAUCUAAUGUUGAACUCGGAGAAGAUGUCCAAGUCUACUGGAAACUUCCUUACUCUUCGGGAAGCCAUUCAAAAGUAUUCGGCGGAUGCAACCAGGUUUGCUUUAGCCGAUGCUGGAGAUACCAUGGACGAUGCCAACUUUGUUGGGGAAACCGCCAAUGCAGCGAUUUUGCGACUAACAAAGGAGAUUUGUUGGAUCCAGGAGGUGCUUGACGCGGAGAAUCUACGAACGGGGAAGAUUGAGAGCUUUGCAGACAAAGUUUUUGAGAACGAAAUUAAUAUUGCUGUUGAAUUGACAGCCGAGAAUUACAACAACCUGAUGUUCCGUGAGGUUUUGAAAUCUGGCUUCUUUGACUUCCAGAGUGCCCGGGACGAGUACAGGUCUACAUGUGGCGCAGCUGGAAUGCAUAAAGACCUGAUCCGAAGAUUCAUUGAAGUGCAGACACUCCUUCUGGCUCCGAUUUGUCCUCACUACGCUGAGCAUGUGUGGUCCAAGCUUUUGAAAAAGGAUGGUUGCGCUAUUGUUGCGGGAUGGCCAGCUGCUUCACGUCCAGAUUACACCCUCCAGAAGGCGAAUGCAUACCUUCGGGACACAAUUGUAGAUCUGCGCAAGACAAUUCUGAAGCCACCUAAGAAACAAGGAAAGAAGGGAGGCGCUCCUGCUCCAGCACCAACAUUUACUGAAGGGCACAUCUUUGUUGCCGAACGAUACUUGGAAUGGCAGGAACACUGCCUGAGGGUUCUGGCUGCACAUUUUGAUGCUGCUUCAAAGGCAUUUGCAGAGGACGCGAAGGUCAUCGCUGGGCUGAUGAAGACACCCCUAUCGCAGAUAGGAGAUGUGAAGGCUGUCAUGCGGCAGUGUAUGUCCUUUGUGCGAUUCAAGAAAGAGGAGGCAAUCAAGGCUGGCCCUCAGGUGCUGGACUUGAAGCUGCCAUUUUCUGAGGUGAAUCUCUUAACAGAGAAUGCAGAGUUUAUCAAGAGAUCACUGCAGCUAGAGAAAGUGGAGUUGUUUGUGCACAGCUCGUCAGAUGAUGAAGCGAUUGCGAGAGUACGUUCUGAUGAAGCAGCCUCCCGCGCCCGAACAGCUAAGCCAGGCAACCCUGUGGGUAUUUUCUUAUGAUCUGCUUCUGUGAUGCUCUCCUCUGGCGAACGGACAGAACUGCUCAGGUAAGAACCCCUCUGGGUGUUUCCCCGGGCUGUCUGAUAUUUGUCUGCUUUGUCAGGAUAGUGAAAGUGGCGCAUUCUCCCCUUCGUCUGAAAUGUUGUCACAAUAAUCUUUAUGUCAGCUUAUGACAGCCGAACAGCCUCUGCAAUACGCAUGAAGAUGGGGAAGUGUCUGACUCUAGGCAGAGGAUGCAAUGCCGCUCCCUUUUGUUUUCUUUUUCAUAACCACCGAGCACAAAGUUUCUGCUUUUGUGCAAGUAGGUGCUACCAUCUUCACCCGAGUAGAAUGCCUGGUUAUUAUCGCUGUAUGAUUCUAGACUGGAAGUUGCCCCAAAUGCUGCUAUAAUGACCGGGCAUUCUAUUCAGGUGAAGACGGUGGUCUAAAUUGCCUCUAUCCCACCCGCUACGGGAGGUGCCGCACUUGUUUACUUUGGGGCUGCGGACUACCUUCUUCCCCCGAACAUAACACAUAUGCGUUGUAAAUGAAUCAUACUUGCAAGC